GGGCACGCAACAGAUGAACUUAGUAAGAUGGACCAGUCACCUCAAACAAAGAUUGUGUUUACUCUUCUAGGACAACGACUGCCAGUAAACUUGACAGGCUUGAAUUGGAUCGGUUAGAUCAAACAAGGGAUCAUAGACCAACGAACUCAAAAUGGUCCGAAAAACUGAAGGCUAUUCACUGCUCCUUCUCGCGGUGGUGAUUAUCUUUCUGAACAUCCUCGCCAUCAUCGUUAUUUUGCGCUUCAAAAAGAAAUACAAUCCAGAUAUUCUGAUCCUUAGUCUUGCGAUUGCGGACUUAGUAAAAGCGUUAGUUCCAUUGAACAUGACUUUGUACGCUUACCUCAGCGAGAAAGGAAUGACAGAAGGCUCUGUUUCUUGUGUAAUAUUUGGCUGGACUGCCUUCACGCUCAACUGUGGAAUUAUGAUGGUCAUGACAGUCAUGGCCAUCGACAGAUAUAUCGCCUUGUGUUGGCCAUUGGCGUAUAAGUACAAACGUUUGCUCUCGAAAAAACGACUUAUUUACACAAUCGUUGCUGUUUUUGUAUUUAGUGGGACGCAAUCUGUUCUGCCGCUGGUGGGGAUUGGAAAAAUGAGAGCCUACAACAAUGGCAGCUUCUGCCAUUUUGAUUUCGAUUCCACCAAACCUGCUAACCGAGCAUACAGUAUUUUUGUGCUCUCUCUUGGCAUGGUUAUGAUUGUGGUUGUUGUGUUUUGCUACACAUGCGCCAUGAUUAGCAUAAAAGGCCUAAUGAAGCGUCAGCGAAGGAUGUCCAUCUCUACUGGGGACCCUGAUGGAGCAGAUCGCAAGAGGCAAGCUAUGAAUAGCAUGUUUGCUCGUCUAAUGAUCGUAAUGAUGAUGGUUUUUUUCGUCUCUUGGCUUCUCUUCUUGGUAAGUUGCAAUCAUUUAUACGUUUCUGUCAUUUAUCAAGUGUUCUUCUGCGUUUUGCAGUCGUGUGGAGAACAUAUUAAGUCCUUAUUUAUCUUUUUCAUAUAGGUGUACUUGCGACCUUGAACUCAGCUGUUGCUGUCCAUGCUCGUAUAAAAUAUUUUUGCGUUGUCAGGCUUUUGAGCUCAAAUGUGAUAUUAUUUUUAUCUUUCCUUAAAUGAUUAUCAUAAUUCAGGAAACAUACUUAUCGUGAUUUAAACGACAACGGUGCUCUAAAAAUUCUGCGCCCGAGUGUUUGACACCGUGUACUGUCCUAUUAAAUUCAGCUUAAUUCGUGAUUUCUGGCGCUGACAAUUAACCGUAAAACUUUAGUUUUAGCUUCGCAAGCUAUGACCUUUGAUAGUAUCCAGCUAGCGUAGCAUGUUAGUCGGAAUUUAGCGACUUUUAUUCAAUUUAUUCGUUCUCUGAAAAAUAUGAUACAAAUAUUUGCAUGCGUGCAAAAAUAGAUGUCGCCUGACGCAGACCCGACUAGGAGACAACAUGAUAAGACGAACUUAUCUUGUAAAACUAAUGCGUAAAAAGAUACAAAGAAUACAUCAACAGUAAGAAGUGUGUGUGAAAGUGAAAAGGCGACGUAUAAAAUGUUCGAAGAAUAUAAGCCAUAACCAUAACAUGAAAUCGAAAAGUAUGUAAUCAUUAACAACGCUGAACGCGAGCGCUGAACAUCAGAAACUGGGUUGAUUAUUUUUGCAUAUAUAACGUUAAUUUUCCUCUUUUUUGCUUUAGUGCCGUUCAAUCUGAAGAAUUUGGUUUUCUGACUUGUUAGAUAGCUUUUGUUAAGGUAGCAAUUCGUGCAAUUCGCAGAAAGAAUUCAAGGUUUUAAAUUAAUCCUUACUUCAAAUUGUCAUUGCAAAGGGCUCCAAUAACCACUGAAGGUAAUUCAUCUGUCGCGUUCUGACAAAACAAACACUUUUGAAAUUUUGGCGUGAUUUCGUGCAUAACAAUCUGUUUGGUUAGAAAGCACUUUUAAAAGUUAAUUGUCCCGUUUGUUGAUAACUCUUUUUAAUCGAAUCCUUAACUGGUCAUCGCGUUUCUUGUUAUACAAAGUCGAUUGGAAAAUCGAUCCCACUUCCGUGUUGUUUGAUAUACUGAAAACUGAGUUCUGUGUAUUUUCUUUCCGUUUACCUGUAACGUUCCUGUUUGCGCGCGGAACAAACGGAAUGCAAUUAGCAGCAAAAUAUCAGAGUCAAGAGUUAUUUUUGGCUUAUAAUUCUGGCUGUUGAACUUAGAAACAAAAUAUUUUUCUAAUGAUAAAAUCCCAUGACAUGUUAUCUUUUUUCGUCCAAGAGAAUCACGCUUUUUCAUUUUUGUACACUCAGAGCCGCUAGAUUAUGCCAGAUACUUUUUAUAGGUCAAUAAUGUUCUCGAUUUAUGGUCUCCGACCUCGUUCUUGGUGGUUUUCCUUUCAAUCAUAACACCGCUCACCAUUUUUAAGGGAAAAGAUACGUGAAUGUCACUACAUUCUAGUCGGAUCAGUCGUUUCUCUGUUGAUGGGUAAUUGGUUUCCGGAAUGAUAUCGUAAUGAUCACAAGACCAUAGCAUUCACCGCCGGAUUAGCUUAUGAAUACUUCAGCCAGAUACUUGUAGAUUUUGUUCAUAGCCACAGUGAUCGCAAUCUGAGAACGGUAGACUCUUUUUCUUCAGAUUUAGUAAGGGGAGUACACGCGCGCGCGAACGUUGAGCGGCGAACCCCGUGCCUCUCCCGUCUCGCACCUUCAGUCACGCGCGUGGUCAUUUGCAUGUCUUGGGCGUUUUGCUCGACGGACCAAGGAAAAAGAGAGACUGCUCGAAGUCUAGAUAAAGGCUUUUCUUUAACCAUCAUACUGGCUUGGUUUUAUACAGUUUAUUUGUGAAAACAAUCAUUAGAACUUGCACCUAGGGUGAUCUUAUCGCUGUAAAAAGGAUGGGAAAAGGAACAAGCUAAGGGCAAAAUAAGCGUUCUAGGUACUGAGCCUGCGUUACGGGAGUAAAGGAAGGGGUACUGGUUUGUCAUAUGUCUCCCUUUUUCAAACGGCCAGGUUCAGGAAGGGCAAAGUGUAUACCCGUUUUCAGACCAAACCGGCCCAAAAACCCUACCCGAAGGGGCGGCACAUACCUAUACAGCUUAUAUAAGGGAGUACCCCCGGGCGCCUUCUGGUGGGUUAGGCUACUUUUGCGACGCAAGCUGUAGGUUAGCCGAAGUCAUCGAAAUCCCCUCUCCUUUUUUCAAUUUUUUUUAUGUCAGAGAGAGGCUGGCCGGGAACUUGGUAUUGGGAAAGCGCCCGAGGGACGGUCAGCAGGGCGUCUCGGCGGUUAGAGGGAUCGAAAUCCCCCAAAAAUUGUGAUAUGUCCGGUUCAAAGCGUAGUUUUUUAAGUACAAAGAGCGCUGUAACGUUUAUUGCAGUUUUUGCUUUGUUUUGUUUUUUUAACCCUUUAUCCUCUCUUGUAUGACGUAUUCUUUUCGUAUGCUAUUAUUAGUGGAGAGAACUUGUUAGAGGAUGAACAACAGGUCUAAAGGUCUCUAAUGAUAGAUGGUGACUUCUCAUGUGUAACAACAUCUUACGUCUUUUUGGCUGAGUUAAGUUGAUUUUUGCCUUUGUCUUUUCAGAUUGUUAUUCUUCAGCAUGUGAGUGGUUGGUUCCAAAUCCCACCACAAGCUCAUUUCUGGUCAAUGCGGUUGGCUGUUAUUAACUCAGUUCUCAAUCCAUUAAUCGGCGCCGCCAUGUGCAAGCCAUAUAGAAAUGGAUAUAUAUUCAUCCUUUGCAAGAUUUUUCACUGCUGUGGUUUAUGUUCAUCCUACCAAGCCGACAGUAUGUUCAUAAAUCUUUAAUCUGAUAAUUACCCUCAAACUUAGGUUAUGUUCACACUGUAUCGGAUAGAUUUUCGUGCCGACAUGGAAAGCUACCCGAAACGGCACAAGUGCGUUCACACCAAACAUCGCGCCGUCGAGUUUGGCCGAGAAGGUUUGGUGCACUAGAUUCCAGUUCUCUCUCCUGUUUAUCUACUUCCGCGACUGUAGUAAUAGAUGUUCACGCUGCAGCAAAGUAUGGAACAAAACCUCUCCAAUAUGUACUGUGACACAACACUUUCGAGAUCGUCGCGGCGCAGCUUUGCGCCGUCACAGUGUGUGAACAGAAGCCCUAUCCGGUAUGGUUUUCAUGGCGGCGCAAAAGCUUUCCGGAAUAUUGUGAAUAUAACCUUAAGGUAGAUACCCUGGGUACCAGAGUUUUUUUCUCGCGUGCGAGGAGGAGCUUUCGCCGGAUGUCGGCCGCAGGCCAACACGUCUUCGGCCGAAGGCCGAAUACACGAGCGGCGAAGCCGCGAGAAGACUUGACCAAAACCGGAAACCGCGCAUGAAAAGUCUCUGGCACCCAGGGUAUAAGGUAGACGGCCGGGGUACAAAAAAAAUUGACGUCUAAGCUCCUUAUCCUACCAGGCAUUUUUACAUUUUUCUCAUCUGAGAGCUAAUGGUAACUAUACCUUUAAGCCUUCUAAGAAAAUCCCUGCCGAACUAUUGACUCUGAUCUCAAAACUUAUCCUGCAACAUUCAGUUGGGGACACGCUAUAGUGGCCGUUGCCGUGGUAGAGAUGUGGCCUUUGUAGAGAGGUUUAAAAAAGAGUCAAUGUAUGGACGUUCCGCCGGGACAAUAAAAAAUGGCCAUUGUAGAGAGGUGGCCGUUAGUAGAGGUUCGACUGUUGUUGUCAAGGCAACGGGUCUUUGAAGGGCGCUUUAAACUUUAACUUUUUAAAAAUGAUCACGAAUCGAAGAGAGACAAGUUUCUUUUCAUUAGAAAGUAUGGUCUUUUUAGUUGUGCUUACGUUGCCGCACUGAUUCUUGAAAACAUGUUCUUUGUUUGCAACGCAUAUCUUAUGAGGUCCGCUACCUUGUUUUUUCGACUUCCAGAUCCAUGGACACGGCGGCUUUCGCUAGGUUCACGACGCAGUUUUGAUGUAGAACCAACCACACCGACCACAGAUCAAACGGUGGUUAAAGUCACGAGCAAUCCCUCAUUCAGUUAUCAUGAUUCUGGCAUUGGUCCUGAUGGAGGCAGCAUUGGAUACCAUCAGGGUGGCCUUAUUUACUCCGCUUAUGAACAGGAACCAUGGGAAACCGAAAGCUUUUAUCGCACCACUGUUGACGGAGUCCAGGAAAGGCCACGUCUACAUAAGAAGCGCAUUUCUUUCAAAGACGAGGUCGAAGCAAAUCAAGCUGCACUACCGUCACCUAAAGAGAAGGAGGAUGCUGGAUCCAACGUGCGUCUGUCCGCUGGUAAAACAACUCCAAAACAGGAAACCUCUGAUUUACCUUCCAGUGACAAAUAUGGCUGUUACACGCAAGAAAAUGGUUAUGAAAACAAAAUCAUAGUCUCGCCAGAGAUGGACGCAGCUUUUGAAGAUGAAUCUUCUUGCGGCGACACACGAUCCAGUUCAAGCAAACGAAACAGAAAAAUCGCUGUCUCAGGUAUGAUACUCUGACGUAAUAGCCCGUUCAACGCCUUAUUUGGGAAUGGACGUAGUGUGAGGCUAGAGGGGAAUAAAAGCCGGUAGACUGGGUCCGAAAGGUGUUAUCUUCAACCCAGAAUGUCCAUGUAUUUGUCAAACGCACGCAAGUUUCUCCCUUUCAAAAACCUACAGGUGAAAAGGGCUAAGAAAAUUAAUUUAAAACAUUAGACAAGUCUAUUUAGCUUUCUUACAUGGUAGUACAGUUAAACUCCGUUUCGUGGACACCUUAUUAUUACGAACAGUUUGCUUUGUGCCUGAGGAAAGAAAGCCCUUCCAGUUUCUCUAAAUUCAAACUCCUUUUAUAGGGACACCCCGUUAAUACGGACACUUUCUAUGGCCACCUCACUGUCCGUAUUAACGGGCUCUGUCUGUAUAUUUACUAGGCUAUAACUAUACUUAAACGUCUUUGUUCACUUAUUUUUCUUUCUUGUUCUUUUCCCUAGUUUAUCCGUUCAUGUGCAAGACACCAGAAUUGUUUAACGAUAACUCUUUAGGUAACAGUCAGCUAUCUCGCGAUUCACAAGGUGACAAUGGUGAAAACGUAAAACAAAAUUUUGCAGUGACAGAGAAAGCUAAACAGGAUGUAAAGCCAUCUAAAGCAGAUGUUCUGACGGACUGCAACCAGUUGUCCCUUAGCGCUAUAGAUGUAACAUCAGAGCCAUUAUCUAAAGACUUUGAAGGGGAAAAUGCAUUGGAAUUAAGUCCAGAAGCAAAGUCUACGGGAAAAAGAGCCGAUUGUUUCUCGUCACCAGGCCCCCUUGAGGAGACAGGGCCUCAGACUCUUCAAGUCACACAUUUUCCAGUUAAUACAAACUCUGGUAUAAAGACAACUGUUUUGCCCGACCGCUUCACAUCGAGAUCUUCCCUUCCAUUUUCAAGGAGUCGUUCCUUCAUAGAAAGAACUUUUGCCACCUCGUUUUCUCGCACAAAGUUGCGUUCUCGGUCAUUUGCCAAUGGUUCAACUUCAAACGCGAAUCCAUUUUACGAGUUUGACAAUUUGGGUUAUCAGACAGCUGACUUGCCGUUUCACAGGCAUUCCGUGGAUCUAGCCGGGGAACAGCUAGGUGGAAUUCAGAGCUAUUCGGAAUCUGAUUUUACUUUCUCCUUACCAGAAACUGUUCUGGUUUCCCCUCAUGGAACACCAAAUACAGAAAGUUUCAGAAGUUUCCAUGCUGUGGAGCACCAUAAUCCACCCAACAAAAGUGGGAUAAGUGUAGGUAAGAACUGUCGAGACAUCGACAUAAAAAGAGAGGAAGAAUGAUCAUACUGUGGGAAUACUACACACGUAAAUAUCGCCCCAUGUAAGGGAAUCUGGAAUACGGGAAAAUUUUGCUUGUGGAAUCCAGAAUCUAGGAAAUUUAUUUUGUUGAAUCCGGAAUCCAGGAAAUUCGUGUCGUGUAAUCGGGAAUCCUGGGAUUUGGAAUCCGGAACCCCACUACCAAUUGGAAUCCGGAAUUUAACUCCCACUGGCAAAGAAUCCGGAAUCCAGUACCUGGAAUCCAGAAUCCAUGGCGUGGAAUCCAGAAUUUCAAGACUGCCUUGUAUCCCCUUUCAUGGGGCAAUAAAUUCGCCAUAGGUCUCUUUCAGUUCAUCGUAUGUCACUUGUAUUACAUCAAUAACUGUUACUCGCUAUUUUACCUUGGUUGCCAGAGGUUUUUUAUUGUACUAAAAUUAAGUGAACUUGGUCUCACGAAUUUCCACCAAUUAUUUCAUUCUAUAGGAUAUAAGUCUUAAGUGAGAGCAGACUUCUUGGAGUCGGGGUCGGUUAUUCUCAGUGGCAUAGAGAAACGUAACCCUGUGUUUAUCAUCGAAAAGGCUUCUUAAAGAACUUUGGCGUUGACGUCAGUUUUUCUCCUUAUUUACCCUUUUUUAUCCACCAAGGUUUACUUAGUUUACACUUUUUUGCAGAAAAUGAAAACAGACCUCAAGGGCAAAGCUCCAAUCAAGACAUAGUGCGAAAGUCUAGCAAGAUUUACAAGGAACUGAGUGAAUUAAGCCUCGAGGAACUGGAACGAGAGGUCUUCUGUUGAGGUUAUAGCAUUUAGUAGAGGAUGAAAAGUUCCAAUAAGUGUAAAAAUCCAUCGCUUGGUAAGCUGUUGAAAUGUGAGAAAUCCCAGGUUCUUUUGGAAAGAAAAAAAUAAACUUGUGAAAUGUGUAAUUUUUUAACAAAUAUCGUGAUCUGGAAAUUUUUCUUAAAUUUUCAGGUCUUUUGAAUACCUUCUCCCUUCAUUACUUUUAUCUUUCUUUGCGGUUGCCCAAACUGCUUUUCUCGGAGGCGAUAAUUAUUAUAUGACAAUGUAUUUUCUCUCGAUUUUGUCGACGGCCUUACCAAGUAGCUCAAAACUGCAAACUUGUAGACUGAGAAAAAAGGCACGAUGCAUUUUCUGUUGCCCUUUUCUAAUUUCUCCUACAGUUCGCACACUCCCUCUUAUUCGUCACGAGUGUGUGUGUGCAAAACUGAAUGAAAGACGGAAGCCUGCAGUCUAUACCGUGACUGCAUAAAAUUCGAACUUUAUGGCCACAGGCGUAAAAUAUUACGCUGAACAAUGGUGAAUAACGGGAAGCUAUAACUAGGAGUUUUUUCACGACAUUAGGGCAGUCCUGCGUUAUAUUAAGGCGGGACUGAUAGAACUUGAGACUAUUGAUGAUGCUAGGCGAUCAGUUGAGGUAAACCAAUCAUAUCGAAAAACGUUAUAGAAAUAACGGUGUACUUUUUGUUUUUUGUUCGAUAAGAUUUAGUUGUAAAUUUAAUUCCCUU